AUGAUUGUCAUCAACAUUCCAGUAGAUGGCAACGUCAACGUCUCUCUUCCACCAGAGCCACGUCCACGUCCACGUCCGUGUCCAACGUUGGACAACAAUGCACCAUCCCCCGGAGAGUCAUUGUCAUCCUCUUCGGGCUCCAGCACACCUGCCUCUGGCCUUUCCUCGUCACGCCGACUCUCUCGUCGAGUGCAGAGUAUGGCCCUCGCAAAUCUCCUCAGCAAUGAUCCAUCUAAAUCCAUCAGAGCUGCCAAGCUUCCAGCAGCGGGCGACGGCUCCACCUCUGACCUCAAAGCACUCGAAUACGAUCUUCCAGCAGACAUCGCCCUUCCACCUUUUGGCCGGCCGUCAAAAGAUGUCGAUCGCGAUCUCGCCCGACUCUACGAAGCUGUAUCAGGUGCGCGUCGCAUUGCUGUCAUCUGCGGUGCAGGUAUCUCGGUCUCUUCUCCAGCUAACAUUCCAGACUUUCGAUCGGCUCACGGUCUCUUUAAGAAGUUGAAAGAAAAGCAUCCCACUGCUGGUCUCUCUUCAGGCAAAGACUUGUUCGAUGCACGACUCUUCAGUUCCGAGAGCACAUCAGCACUCUUCUAUUCCAUGGUCGCUGAGUUGAAGAGCUUGGCUGAUCAAGCAGAGCCCACCAUCUUCCACCGAUUCUUAAAGAGACUCGAUGACCAGGGGAGAUUGCAGAGGGUCUACACCCAGAACAUCGAUGGCUUGGAGGAGAAGGCUGGUCUCAGCUUCGGCUUGGGUGAAGCAGGUGAUUCGACGACCACCGUGCGAGCACUGGGCAAGAGGAAGCGAGCCCAAGUCGGCUUUGCUAGGAGCAAGAGUGACUCGCAUCUCUUCUUUCACAAGCCAGAAGACGAGAAGCGUCCCAUGUUUCCGCGGACCAUUCCAUUGCAUGGCACCUUGCAGACCCUUACUUGCCCCUUGUGCAAUCACAAGCUCAUCUUGGCAAACACAGUCAAGAGUGAAGAGGUACUGACCGGAUCAAGCCAAGGCUCCGCCAGUUUGGGUCAUGAAGCGAGCAAGCAUGCUAUCGAGCUCUUGCAGAAUGGAGAGCCUGUCCCUUGUCCAGCCUGUCAGGAGGCGGACCAUCUCAGGACCAUUGCCGGUUUCCGAUCGAGGGGCGUAGGGAGGAUGAGGGUUGAUAUCGUCUUGUAUGGCGGCCAGAACGAGGGCGCCGAGAGAGUGGGACAAUGUUUGCAGAGAGAUAUUUUGGGUUUGAGAGACCCCAACGAGCCUCCUGUUCCCGAAAGUGCCGCUGAGACGAGGGCGAGGGAGAGGAAGGAGAAGAAAGAGGCGGACAAGUUGAAGUUGGAGCAGGAAUCCCUUAAGAAGGAGGCAGAUCAGAGUAUCGAUAGCGAGGCGGCGGUUGGUUUCGAGCUGGGGAGCUUUUUGCCAGGCGGGGAGAGCAAGGAUGAUAUUCUGGCCAGAGCUUUUGCGGAGCAAGGUGAUGAGAAGAGCGUUGCGAUUGCAGAGCCUGCCAAGAAGAAGCCUACUCGAUCGCCCAGGUUGAAGCCUUUGCCACCUGAUCUGCUCAUUGUGGCUGGUACGAGUCUCAAAGUGCCAGGCACUAAAAGGAUUGUCAGGGAGUUUGCCAAGGCUUGUCAUGCUCAAGACGAGUGGCUCAUCUACUCUUCCGAAAGUGAAGAUGAGAGCAGCAACGCGCAAGAUCGGUCGAACAGCAAGAAGCGGAAGCCACGUAAGAAGCCAGAGGAGAAGGAGGAGGAGGUGGUCGUGGAGCAAGACGAAGAUGAGGAGCACAAGAUCCACGACCCUACAAGACCCAUUCGGACUAUCUUGCUCAACUAUGAUUUCCCUAACCCUGCUCGAGAGUGGCAAGACGUUUUCGACAUCUGGAUUCAAGGCGAUCUUCAGAGAGCUGCACUAUCGCUCUUCCCAACGAAGCAGCUUGGAGAAGACGCACCACAGGAUGCGAAAGUGAUUGAGGAGAUCGUCGGUAGUUACACUUGGGCUAAGUUCAAGGAUUACUUGGAGGAGCAGAGGGCGCUGGCUAAGAAGGAGAAGAGGAAGGCUACUGUUGCUGCAACUGCGGGCGCUUUGGGUGGUGCGAGAAAGGGUAGAUGUAUGGGAAGGACUGUUAGUGCCGCUGCUAAGAUGGAACGUGCUGGGUCCACGGCUUCUGUUGAGUCGACGCAAGUGGUUGUGUCUUCGCAGAUGGAGGUAGGGAAGCAGGCAGUCAAGACGAAAGCGGUGAAGGCGAGGAGUCGAUCCGAGUCGCCUGUCAAGAAGCCUACUCCUCAGCAGCAGCAUAAUGGUACUGCGGCGACGGGGGCAAAGAAGGCUCUGACUCGUACAAAAGGCGGGUUGAAGAGGAGUAACAGCAAAAAGAACCCCUUUCUGGAUUCCGAUUCGUCUGUCUCUCCGUCUCCCGCGUUUGGCUCGAGUACGGUCUCGGUCGACAUCCCAACUAUCGCCGAAGAACACGAGGAUGACGAGACAACCUCAGCAAGGCAUCAGGGAAAAGUUCAUGACGGUGGCACAAAAAAGCAAAGCAAAGAGAAGGAGCUGCCAUCGUCGUGCGCUGUUCCUUCUUUGAGAUGUGGAUGGUCAAGGAGCGUUACUAUGCCCACAGAGCCUCAGUUGACGGUGUUGAUUGAAAGUCAGACUGCCAACAGCAGUGGUGGUGGUGAUGCUGGUGGGAAGAGAAAGAAUAGGCAGAUUAGUGUCAAAGAUGUUGGUAUUGCGGUGAAGCCUUCAGCGGUGUACGGGGGAAAAGCUGUGGGGGUGACGGGAAAAAGGAGACAUGCGGUUAGUGUUGCAGGAGUGAGUGGUGCAGGGGUGAAGAAGGGGAGAUGGGGAAGGACGCAGAGCGAGACUGCUUGUUUGUAG